UCCUUCUUUCCUUUCUUCCUUCCCAGUUUAGGGAAUUGUCUCCACACAGAAGCUGGUGUGAUGGCUCAUUCUCAAAUGGCGCUGGGAACGGAAGCGUUCUGCAAAUAUUGAUCAUCCCAAAUGUGGAAUCGAUCCAAAUUCCCUGCCAUCUGCCAUUGGCUUCCUUUUUCCCUCCAACGAUCAGUCCGUCAGCCGGUUAAUCAUUCCCCCUAGUAGCUGAAGUACAAAAAAAAAAAAAAAAAAAAAAAUCCUGCAGAAGUUAAACUUCCCCUCAAAUGAAGCGGAUUUGCAGGCGUCCCAGUGUCGCUUUGCGUUCCCAUUUGACCCUUCCGCCCUGAGCGAAAAGCCACUCGGGAGAAAACCACAAGUUAAGUUUUGUACUGUUAGGAAAUUAGUGAAAGAGACCCAGAUGAACAUCUACAUUUUUGCCAUGACCGUUGCUCUGGUUUCAGGUCUGAGGAAUCCUACUACCGGGACGGGGGAAAUAAAAGCAGGCAUUAAGACCACAGCCGGACCUGUGGAGGAAGUCUAUCAAUACCCAGAUGUUUCCAAUGACUGCACACGUAACCCUUGUGGAAAUGGGGGCACAUGUUUCAGGGAGUGCGACCGGUGUCCUCAACGCUGCGUCUGUCCUGCAGAAUUCACGGGAAAACAGUGUGAAGUUGCAAAAUGCUUUGAUGAAACUCUGUAUGAAUACUUUGAAAUUGGAGAACGUUGGGCCAGAAUCUACGAAGGGACAGUACACGCGUGCACGUGUGUUAACAGCACGACCAACUGCCAACCGGAAAUGUUUACAGGCUGUCCCACCGACCCCUGCCUGCCCCAAGGCAGCCGCUCUUGCAGGAGGACCCUCGUCUCCGACCAGACCAUCUGUGUGUGCAGCCACUCUUUCAGAGGGAGACACUGCAACGUGGUUCCAGGCCAAAACUGUUAUUCGAAGAACGGGGACAGGUACCUGGGCCUGGCCAAGAAGACCAUUUCUGGAGAUGAUUGCCUCCCAUGGACUUCCAAUCUCUUCUACUAUGAGGACCUUCAAACAAACACGGUGCUGCUGGGAUUGGGAUCCCAUUCCUACUGCCGAAGUCCAGAUGAGGACGAGAAGCCGUGGUGCUAUUUCAUUAAGGACGGCAGACUGUCUUGGGACUACUGCGACGUGUCACUAUGCCAAAGCAGGCGUGAGCAGGCGCCAGACUCUUUCCCAGACGUCACAGACAAGUUUGCCGCGGUCAAGAAGCCGUGUGGGAGGAGGCACAAGAAGCAGAAGUUUGUAAGGCCCAGGAUUGUGGGGGGAUCUUAUGCUUUGUCAGGAUCCCACCCCUGGCUGGCUGGCAUCAACAUCGGCAGCAAUUUCUGUGCCGGAAGCCUUAUUCGCUCUUGCUGGCUGGUCACGUCUGCCCACUGCUUUGCUAACAGCCCGCUGACAUCAACCAUCCGCGUGGUUUUGGGACAACAUUUUUUUAACAGUACCACAGGCAAUACUCAAGAAUUUAAAGUAGAGAAGUACAUCAUGCAUCCUGACUUCUCCGUGUUCAACCCAACCGAAAAUGAUAUCGCUUUAAUUAAACUCAAGAAAGUCAAGGACCGCUGCGCAGUGAGAUCCCAAUUUGUUCAACACAUAUGCCUGCCAGAAGCUUCCAUGUCCUUUCCAGACCAUUACAAAUGCUACGUUGUCGGAUGGGGAUACUUGCAUGAAAAUUCCUCCAGAUACUCCAAUGUGGUGCAAGAAGCAUUGGUUCCGAUUAUCCCAGAUUACGAGUGUCAAAACCCGGACAUUUAUGGAGCUGAAAUCAGUGAAAAUAUGUUCUGUGCUGGUUACCUGGACGGCAGGUCAGAUGCUUGCCAGGGAGACUCGGGGGGUCCGCUGGCCUGCAAGAGGGACGGAGCGUUUUACCUCUACGGGAUCGUCAGCUGGGGAGACGGCUGUGGCAAGGCCAGGAAGCCCGGAGUUUACACCAAGGUGACCAACUACGUCAGCUGGAUCAACCGGGAGAUACACCGGACGCCCAAAGGAUAAGGAUGGCUUUAUAUAGGGACCGAUCACCUUCGGGUGCGACCCGCACGACAACGUCCCUAGUCAUUCUUCGCAAUACUCAUUCUACGGAACAUUUAUUUUUCUGGGGCUGCAGAACUAGAAAAAAAGCAGACUCGCAAAUUUCUGUGUUGUGAGACUUGCCAUUCUUCCCUUGGGAUUCCUGCCCGACUUCCGAUUUACAGCAUAAACAGGAGAUGGUCCUCUUGCUGGUCAGAAUAACAGAAUAACAGAGUUGGAAGGGACUUUGGAGGUCAUCUAGUCCAACCACCUAUCCCAUUUCAGACAAAAUGGCUGUCCAGUCUCUUCUUGAAAACUUCCAGUGUUGGAGCACCCACAACUUCUGGAGGCAGGUUGUUCCACUGAUUAAUUGUUCUAAUUGUCAGGAAAUUUCUUCUUAGUUCUAGGUUGCUUCUCUCCUUCAUUAAUCAUCUUAGGGACUUCAGCCAGGAGAGAGACUCUUAACCCAAUAUAGACAAAACCCCAGGGACAAACUUAUCGAUUUUAGGAGCAUUUAUGUAUCAUGGAUCAAUGAAAAAGAAAGGGUUGUGGUUUUUUUUUUUAAUUAAAAGGGAUAUAACAAAUUAUCUUUACAGAGCAGUAUUACAAUGAACUCAUUUCAAAUUUGAAAAGACAUAAACGUACAAAAUCAUAUUUUUUAAAAGACCGUUUACAAUCAUGAAAAAAAAACAAAAACCUCAAAUUCACAUUUGCCCCGAAGAAGGAGAACUGGAUUCAAACGGUCCUCUGUUAUGACAUGAGGAAAUCUCUCCGGGCACCGAGUUGCGUUCUGGAGACUUCCGGCUUUGAAUUUGGGGAGCUGCCCCAUUCCUUGGGAAUAUGAAUAUUUAUUGCAAAAACCUUACGGAUGAACCACCAGCGGGAUGGAGAGCUUCUUCUGAACAGCUGCAUUUUUCUGUUCUCUUUUGGGCUCUGAUGUCCCUCGUGCGACUUUUGUUUGAAAAGUUUUAACCAACUCUGGGCACCUAACCAUGUAUCUUUUUCUACUGUCUGGCUUGACUGUCCAUCACAUCAAAUCUGGCCAGGGAGAGCCUGGAUUACAGAAAUUGAAUUAUCCUUUCUCAUGACUGUCUUGGGGCAAACCCAAGUUGAAAUCUUUCCCCAGAGUUGGGUCUGUUGUAAUUUCUUUGAGAGCCUCAAUAGACUCCGAAGAACAGAAUUAACAAUGCUGGAAGGGACCUUGGAGGUCUUCUAGUCCAACCCAGGCAGGAAACCCUACACCAUUUCGGACAAAUGGCUGUCCAAUCUCUUCUUAAAAACUUCCAGUGUUGGAGCAUUCACAACUUCUGGA